GUGUCGCUGGUUCAUCGAUGAUGGUUGUACGGUCGAGAUUCGUCGGGUGUUUUACACUUUAGAUCGUGAUGAAUCGUGAUAUGCAGAGUUGAAUAACUGAUUAUUAUCCCGUUCGUGGCAUAAAUAUGGAGACGAGGGAAAUCGUCUUGUUAAGUAAUUCGCGUUGAUGCCAUGUAUACGAUUUGAGCGCGCCCUUCUGGAAACCUAAACGGCCGGCUAAAAGGUGCUUUCAAUACAUAUAAUUACAUCUUCAAGCCAGGAUUAAAAGAUUAAGGCAUGAAAAGAGAAGAACAGGAGUUGCUCGAGCGAGCUGAAGGAAAUGAAAGUCGGGAGGAAAAGCCAGAAAUUGAAGUUAAUCAACAAGAUGACGGCCUGGAAGAUGAAUUUGACCGAAAUUUCUGGAUCAAGGUUCGACAAAAGUAUAGAGAAGGAAUGCCAUGGAACAGAGCAAUGGAUGAAGUGCGAGUUGAAAGGCUGAUCCAAAAAUACAAAGACAAUGGUGAGCUAGUCAGUGAAGACCCUGCUCUUGUGAUGUUAAAAAAGUGGCCAGCAUCAAAACAGUAUCAAGAUAAUUUAGAUCGCCUUCCAGGCCUUGAGCGACUGAUUAAUAGAUUUUUGGAGAUCCUAUUAAAGAGUGAACUCAAUGCAGACAAUAGAUAUGAGACGUUCAGAGAUGAUGAAGAUAAGACAAAGAAGACAUUGAUGCACUAUGUAGCUGAGCUUGACUUUCUACACGUCACUAAAACACUUGUGAAAAAAUGUCCAGGCUUGUUGGCUCUGAAAACAAAAGCCCAGCUUAAACCUGAGAAGAAGCGAGGUUUAUUACCAGUUGAGUUAGCGUUGACAAAGGAGAAUGACGAUGUGGCAGCAUAUUUGAUAAGGAUGAUGUGGCAUGAAAGAGUCCAGAGUUUAUUUUCAUGGAGGCCUGGUGAUAUGUCAAAUCCUCAGCCAUCUUUCUUUAGCUUCAAUUUGGGAACGAGGCUCAUUUUCGCCUUGCUGUUGUUGUCCCUAGUCCUCCACUUCCCACUGAAGGAACGCCUAUCAAUAUUCGCACUGGAGUGUCGCUGGUUCAUCGAUGAUGGUUGUACGGUCGAGAUUCGUCGGGUGUUUUACACUUUAGAUCGUGAUGAAUCGUGA